UGGUCACUCCUCUGCAGAACGUUGGCGCUCAGUGCCCAGGCAUCCCUGCAAAAGGAGGAGGGUCUGUCAAACUCAAACAAGCAAAGGGAGAGAAAAAAUUUCCCCCAGUGAGUGUUUGCCUCGUGUUUUUCCAGCCAGCAGAUCCAGAGCUCAUCUGAAAUGUAUUAAACCCUGGAGAAAGAAGGAUCCUCUGUAAUCUAGCCGACGCUCCGCAGAGGGAUCCUACUUGCUGCAGGAGGCAUACGUGUAGCAGCGGCUCUUCUGUCUCACUCUCAGGGCAAAUCAAGGUGUUUUGGGAAGAAUCCUCGUCGACUUGGGGUCAAAGGUCGUCAUUGUUGGAGCUACUUCUUCAGUCCUAUCAUUCCCCACGGUGCGUACCGAAUCCAUCUCAAGCACAAAGUGAGCAGCUUUCAGGUAAACACAGGAAGCACCUGUAGGCUCACACAGGAAUUACAAGCGUCAGAAAAUGUCUCGCUGGGGGCGUAAAAACGUGAAGAAGGCGCCUGAGGUGAUCCGCACGGUGACAGAGGGCCUGAAGUCUCUGUACCGCAAGAAGCUGCUGCCUCUGGAGCAGUACUAUGGUUUCCAUGACUUCCACUCCCUCAGCCUGGAGGACGCCGACUUUGACAACAAGCCCAUGGUUCUGGUCGUGGGUCAGUACUCCACUGGAAAAACUACGUUCAUCAAGUAUCUGCUGGAGCAGGAUAUUCCCGGGAGCAGAGUGGGCCCUGAACCCACCACGGACUGCUUCACUGCCAUCAUGCACGGGGAGGUGGAGGGCGUCAUCCCCGGGAACGCCCUCAUCGUCGACCCCAACAAGCCGUUCCGAAAACUCAACCCCUUCGGAAACACCUUCCUCAACAGAUUCCAGUGCGCCCAGAUGCCCAACCAGGUCCUGGAGAGCAUCAGCAUCAUUGACACCCCAGGGAUCCUGUCCGGCGCCAAGCAGAGAGUGAGCCGAGGUGAGCGGGGUGACAAAGGUUACGACUUCCCGGCGGUGCUGCGCUGGUUUGCGGAGCGCGUGGACCGCAUCAUCCUGCUGUUCGACGCCCACAAACUGGAGAUCUCGGAUGAGUUCUCGGAGGCCAUCGGCGCCCUGAAGGGCAACGAGGACAAGCUGCGGGUGGUGCUGAACAAGGCCGACAUGGUGGGCACCCAGCAGCUGAUGCGGGUCUACGGGGCGCUCAUGUGGUCCCUGGGGAAGGUGUUCGGCACCCCGGAGGUCCUGCGCGUCUACAUCGGCUCCUUCUGGUCGGAGCCGCUGCUGGUGCCUGAUAACAGGAAGCUGUUUGAGCUGGAGGAGGAGGAUCUGUUCGCCGACAUCCAAAACCUCCCUCGCAACGCAGCUCUACGCAAACUCAACGACCUGGUGAAGAGGGCGCGUCUGGUCAGGGUUCAUGCUCAUAUCAUCAGCUACCUGAAGCAGGAGAUGCCGUCUGUCUUCAGGAAGGACAACAAGAAGAAGCAUCUCAUCCAUGAGCUGCCAGUGAUCUUCUCUAAGAUCCAGCUGCAGCACAACAUUUCUGCAGGAGACUUCCCCGACUGCGCCAAGAUGCAGGAACAACUGAUGGCUCACGAUUUCACCAAGUUCAAAAGCUUGAAGCCGAACCUGAUGGCGGCGCUGGACGAGCUGCUGUCCUGCGACAUCGCCAAGCUGAUGCCGCUGCUGCGCCAGGAGGAGCUGGAAGCCGGAGACCAGCCCGGCGUCCAGGGCGGCGCCUUCCUGGGGACCCGGGCCGGGCCCUUCACAGAGGGCGACCCGUUCGCUGAGCAGAACGGCGAGGAACGCGAGGAAGAGGAGGACUGGGUGGUGACCAAAGACAAGCCCAAGUACGACGAAAUCUUCUACAACUUGGCGCCCAACGAGGGCAAGCUGAGCGGCACCAAGGCCAAGGACUGGAUGGUGAGCACGCGCCUGCCCAACUCGGUGCUGGGCCGCAUCUGGAAGCUGUCGGACGUGGACCGCGACGGCAUGCUGGACGACGAGGAGUUCGCCCUGGCCAGCCAUCUGAUCGAGGUGAAGCUGGAGGGCCACGGUCUUCCUCCAGAGCUGCCCAGCCGGCUCAUCCCGCCGUCCAAACGCAGGCAGAAGGGAUCGGAUGCUUAGAAACGCACCAGCAGCCCGACGGAUCCCGCUGCUGACGCCGUUUGGCUACUGUUUGUGUUUGGUCGUAGCUACGACGAAGUCGGGGCCUCGCUAGGAAAAUAAAAAUAUAUUAUUACGGGAAUAAAGUCAUAAAAAAGUCACUUUAUUCUAGAAAUAUUUCGACUUUAGUCUAAGAAAAAUAUGAAUAUGUUCUCCUAAUAUUUCAACUUUAUUCACAUAUGACUUUUUCCUCAUAUUAUUUCAAAUUUAUUCUCAUUUUAUUUCGACCUUAUUCGAAAUAAAAUUCACUGUAUUCCCGUAAUCAUUUGAUUUUAUUCUCAUAAUAUUAUGAUUUUUUUUCUUGUUAUUUUAUUACUUUAUUCCCGUAAUUUUAUUUUUUUAUUUUUCUUUAGUUUGGCCUUCGUUCUCCGUUGUACUUAUCUCCUCAACCCCAUGAAAAUGUUUUAUCUACAUUGCUGUGCAAAAGAUGUGCCUUCUAAAGAGUCAGACUUUCAUUUUAUAAAUUAAAUUAAGUUUUAUCAACCCAACAGUGGUGACCCAAAGGGGGGUGAAGAGGAGCCAUGGCCCCCAUUCAAAAAUAUUGGCCACCUCCCUGCCUCCACCCAGAGAAUCAUGUUCAGGCAUCUUUUUUUAAAAUCCAAACAUGUAUCUAAAACAAAAUAAAUAAAUUUAUAAAAUUAAGAAAAUAAUACAUACAUAAAUAUUUUUUAUCUUUCUUUUUUUUAAGCUAUGCCACUCUGAGGUUUUCUUGGGGUGCCACAGCAUUUACACUUUAAAAAAAUAGAAAUAUAGCUUGAAAAAGGAAACAUAAGAUCUAAAAUGACAAUUUAAAUCAGAUAAACUUCAUCUUAAGUUACUUAAAAUCUUUACUUAAAAUGUAACUAUAGCAAUGUGUGAAAGCUUAGCUCCGCCCCUAGACAAAUUAGGAAAGAUUCCACUGAAGUGGGCGGGGCCAAGAAACGUAGGGGUGGAGCUAAGAGAUAGGGGAGGAGCUCCGAGACAGGGGCGUGGCUAAGAGUGAGGAUGAGCAGACUGAGCUGGAAGUAACACUGUUUCUUUUCUUUUUUAGACCCCUGUAGCGACUUUUUUCAAAAUAAGUGACAAAUAUAGAGACUUUUUUUCUGUUGUAGAUUUUUAUGGCGACAUCGCUCUGCAUCUGAAAAAAACAACAACAAAAAUAGUCCAAAAAAGCCUUUCAAUCUACUAACCAGAGUACUUUAAAAGAACACAUGAGUCUGGCUGCUUGGAGCCAAAACAUAAAUAAACUUUUGCACAGACUGACUGUACUCUGGCGCAGCUGAACGUAGUUUAUUUAAGCGUAACUUUCUGUAAAUUACCGAGUUUGGCUGCUUCCUCUCUUUCUGCUCUUAAAAAGGAGCUUUUGAAAAUGUUUCUACUCGUGUUUGCAGAAGGUAAACACUUGGACAGCUCUUAUUAGAAAAAUAUAGGCUUUAAAUGUAACAAUUAGAUUCUCAGUGGUAAUUUCAUCAUGAAGUUAUUCUGCUUGGCACUUUUUUUUUCCUUCCACAUUUCUAGGACCAGUUUAGCUCACAUGAUGCGUUUAUAGCAUUUUCUAUAAGAAGAAAGCAGCUCAAAUCUAAUGUAUUUCACUUUGAUGCUUCACAUGGUUUUGUGCAAACUCUAUAUGGUAUUAUUUUCAUUUUUUGUAUUUUAACUGUUGCUUUUAAUGUGCAGGAGCAAGUUGCAUAAACGAACAUUACAAGCUUUGAUUCAAAGAAGACUGAAUGACUGAUAAGUUACUGACUACUGUACACUGCUCCACCAAUUGUUUGUAUGUUUACUAUUAUUGCAAACAAAUAAAAUUCCUUGACUGUGA